UACGAUGGUCAAAGUCCUCGUCUCCCUCAGCGCAAUGGCGGCUGCCGCCACGGCCGGCUCCGUCACGGAACUCCCCGCGUCUGUGACCAAGCUCAUCGACUACUCCGCCAACCCCUGCGACGACUUUUACCAAUACGCAUGUGGCGCGUGGUACAAGGAUGCUGUGAUCCCCCCGGACAGAACCAAUAUCGACACGUCGUUCACCAAGAUCUCCAUCCAAAACGAAGCUGUAUUGAAGAAGAUUUUGUCUGAAAACAAGCCCAAGCUGGCCGAGUUCUACAGCUCAUGCUUGGACACGGCGACGCUGUCAUCUCUCGGCCUGGCUCCAUUGGCCGACUCGUUCAAAGCCAUUCGGUCGGCCAACACCACGUUGGAUCUCCUCGUCGUGGCUGGUCAGUUGGCCCAGAACGGCAUCCCUGCCUUCGUGGACAUUAACGCCAGUGGCGACGACAACGACGCGACCAAGAACGCCCUCUUUGGUUUCCAAACCCCCCUGUCGCUAUCUCGCUCGUACUACACCACCCCUUCCAAGUGGACGGCCGUCGAAGCCGACUACAAGGUGUACAUUGCGUCGGUGUUGCAGCUAGCCGGCUACACUGCUGACCAAGCGGCGGCGGCUGUGCCGGUGAUCAUCCGCUUCGAGCAAACGCUGGCGGGUGUCACCCUGAGCAAGCUAGAGGAGAUGGAGGCCGCCGUGUCUCCGUACACUGCGUUCACGUACUAUCAACUGGACCAGAAGUACCCGCUGCUCAUCGGUUCGUGGCUCAAGGCCAACGGCUUCAACGUCCGCGACCAGUGCGGUGGGUCGAACGACUGGGUCGGGUUUUACGACUUGACCUACUUUGACAAGACCGAAGUGUUGUUGAAGAACACGACGCUGGACGACCUCCGCACCAUCGUCGAGUACAAGCUCAUCCACGCCUCGUCCACCCACUUGACCCCAGAGUUUCGCACUGUUAACUGGAAGUUGUUUGGCAAGAAGCUGGCUGGGCAGACGGCGGAGCCUUCGCGCGAAAAGUUCUGCGCCGCCCAGACGGACGCCACCGUUGGUGAAAUCUUGGGCAAGUACUACUUGGACGCGGUGUGGUCGGCUAACACAGCCAAGACGGCCGACGAACUGGUCAAGGCCUUGGAGUCGUCCUUCUCCACUGGCAUUGCCACCGCAGACUGGUUGGACAACUCGACCCGCGCCAACGCACAAACCAAGCUGUCCAAGUUUGUGCACUUGUUGGGUGGCCCGGAGAAGCCGCAGCUGUACCCCACUCUGACGUUGGACUCGAAGGCGUAUUUGAACAACCGGUGGAAGGUAUCUCAAGUGAACAUCGACACCAACUUGAAGCUGAACGGCCAGCCCGUGGACAAGCGCCAGUUUGGCAUGUCCCCUCAAACGGUGAACGCUUACUAUAGCCCGAGUGUCAACCAGAUUGUGUUCCCUGCCGGUAUUUUGCAAAACCCGUUCUUUGACGGCCAAUUCGACGCCGCCCAAAACUUUGGGGCCAUCGGGAUGGUCAUCGGACACGAAAUCACCCACGGGUUUGAUAACAGCGGCCGCCAGUACGACGGCGACGGCAACUUGAAUCCGUGGUGGUCGGACGUGACCAGCGCCGCGUUUAAGACGAAGGCCCAGUGCAUCAUCGACCAAUACUCCAAGUUUGUCGUCAAGAGCGAAGUCACUGGCGCUGUGCUCGGCAACGUCAACGGCAAACUCACGUUGGGCGAAACCAUUGCCGACAACGGGGGCCUCAAGACCAGUUUCCGCGCAUACCACGAGUACUUGAAGAAAUUCCCGUCCCAGUACACGGACGAAGCUGGCGACAAGUUGUUCUACCUGUCGUUUGCCCAAGGUUGGUGCUCCAAGAACACGGACGCCCGCCUCACGACGCUCUUGUCCGACCCGCACCCGCCCGGCCGGUUCCGCGUGACAGGGGCGUUGCAGAACAACGCCGACUUUGCCCGAGUGUUUAAGUGCCCCGCCGACUCGUACUUCAACCCGUCCAACAAGUGCUUGUUGUGGGAAUAGACUUUUGGUUGUGUCUACUGUGUUGUUAAAACUGGGUAACGUUGAUGUCACAUUGCACUC